AUGGCAGACCCUUCUUCUGGGUCUGAAAGAACUUCACAAACGUCAUCAUCAUCAUCGUCAUCAUUUGUUGAGAACAAUAUCCUUUUUCCGAGUUUACACAAGAACACCAAAAAUAGCACUAAUAGUCAAGUCAAACAACAACAAAAUGAUAAACCGUCAGAUGUAUUAGAAUCAGACUCUGAAUCUGAAUCAACGCAGAACUUGAGAAAUGCCUUUGUAUCACCAUUACGACAGCCUGGGUUUAGAAGCGAAUAUAAUAUGGUUGAAGUUGAUUUAUCUCAAGAUCUGUCCCUACAUACCCGAAAGGCAUCAUUAUCAUCUACAUUCUCAGAAGUAAAUGCAUCAUUUGACAGUUCAAUCAUCAACAAAAUUGCAACCUCAGUAGUUAAUAAAGAUGAGACUGAGGAAUCAGGACGAUUUAAAUAUUUACGACUAUAUGAAAAGUUAAGUAAAUCAAAGAAAAGAGAACAAAAACAAACCGAACAGCCAACAAUACUUGAAAACCAAGAUAUCCCAUUGCAAGAUAUGGAUUCCGAAAGAUCAUCAUUAUUUAAUUUAUCCCAGUUGGAUGAUUUCAAUAAGUUUGUUAAAGAAUCAGCCAUAAAUGAUGAAAUAAUCCACCGAGUUCAAGAAAAACUACCGAGUGGGCCAGAAAGAAAUCAGAAUGUACUUAAUGUUGUCAAUGAGGUUGAUUUGGCCGAUAAUUUUUAUGCUGGUCAUGAAGAACAAGGAACAAAACAGGAAGGUAAAAAGAAGUUUCAAUUGAAGAAUUGGAAACGAAAUCAUAGUGCAUCAUUUGCUUCACAAGGUGAUUUAAGUGAACUUUAUUUCCCAUCCACAGAAAUACCCACUUCAUCUGAUAGUGUUGACGAUGAUCAUGGGCAAGGGCAACGACAGUUUUUACAACGAAAACUAUCUGUGAGGCAUUUACAAAUGAUCUCCUUUGGUGGGACUAUUGGUGUGGGGUUGUUUUUGAAUUCUGGUAAAGCAAUUACAAUAGCUGGUGGGUUUGGAGCAAUGUUGGCAUUUAUUAUUGUGGGUAUCCUUGUAUUGGCAACAUUGAUUUCAUUUUGUGAGAUUGUUACAUUUGUUUCUGUUAUAGAUGGGGUUUCUGGUCUUUCGUCACGUUUUGUUGAUGAUGCAUUUGGGUUUGCCACUGGUUGGCUAUAUUUUUUCAGUUUUGCAUUUGGUGUAGCCGGUGAAGUUGUUGCGGGUGUUAUUAUGUUAUCAUAUUAUCCGCAUCUUCAAACAGGAGUACAUUCUGGGUCUACUGCAGGAUUUGUCACGUUCUUUUUGGUAGUGAUCAUUGGUAGUAACUUGAUUCAUAUUAGAGUGUUUGGAGAAUUGGAGUAUAUUUCAAGUUUUAUAAAAAUUUUAUGGGCACUAGUCAUGAUUAUUGCCAUGAUUAUAUUAAACAGAGGCGGGUUCCCCAACACACCGGUAAUAGGGUUUCGAUAUUGGACUUAUCUGAAGUCUGAUUUUGAGAAUAAUGUUAUAUUUGGAUUAUUCAGGCCAUCGUUCAAUCUUCACGAUAGUGGUACAAGUUCUCCUGCUGAGGGUAUAGGUGGUGAUAAAGGAAGAUUUAUGUCAUUGUUAACGGCUGUACUAGUCGUAUGCUAUGCGUAUAGUGGAACUGAAAUUGUGUGCAUUGCAGCAUGUGAAGCUAAAAAUCCUCGAAAAGCAUUACCAUCAGCUACAAGAAGAGUUUUUUGGAGAAUUCUUAUUUUUUAUGUCUUAUCAGCAUUUAUUGUUUCGCUUAAUAUUUAUGCCGGUGAUCCGAGAUUGUUGAGGUAUUAUCUGGGUCUGACUGGUAUUGAUGCCAGCAUGUUCAGCACCAACCCGGCCAUAUUAGAAGUCGGAGGGGCUCAUUGUAAUGUUGAUUCCAGGGUAGUUGGCGGGUAUGGUAGUGGAGCACAAAGUCCAUGGAUUGUGGCAUUGCAGAGCGCUAAUAUUUGUGGGUUUAGUGCAGUUACAAACGGGUUUUUAGUCUUCUUUGCUGUUAGUUGUGGUAAUGCACAGUUGUACGUGAGUUCUAGAACAGUUUAUGCCUUGGCAUUACAAGGGAAGGCUCCAAAGUUUCUUUCAAGAUGUAAUAGGCUUGGAAUCCCCUAUAAUGCGGUGUUAUUUGCUGGAUCGUUUGGUUUACUUGCGUACACGUGUGUUAAUGAGUCAGCUACUGUGGUCUUCCAAAACCUUACUAGUGUUAUUGCGUCAUCGGGAAUUUUUGUUUGGUUUGCUAUGUGCCUUACAUUUAUAAGGUUUUAUUACGGGUUAAAAAGGCGUCCAGACAUUUUAGAUAGGAAUGAUAAGUCUUAUCCGUACAAAUCCCCCUUUCAACCAUAUGCUGCAAUCGUUGGUGCGAUUGGUACGUCAUUCAUUAUCUUUGCCAUGGGCUUUGUGGUAUUUAUACGGGAUGAAUGGGACACAAUGUUUUUCUUUUCCAGUUAUGGAUCGCUUAUGGUAUUUGCAGUGUUGUAUGUUGGUUAUAGAUUUAUCAAGAGUACGUCGAUCCCUAGUUUAGAUAAAUUGGAUUUUGAUUCAGGGAGAACAGAGAUGGAUCGGUACAUCUGGGAUGGAGGAAGAAGUUAUAAUAAAAGGAAUGUUAAGGAAGUAUUCCAUAAAUGGAUUUCAUUUCUUGCAUGA